UAGUGAUUGCACUACUUCCGCGACGACACCGUUGGAUAUUCAAUUUAAGAGUUUUUACACUAUCAUCAUCAUCAUCAUCAUCAUUAGCAUCAUCGUAGAGAAAGGUGGCGGAAGGGACGUCAUGCGUAAAAAUGCGUGUCCAUUCCUCGUGGUUCAUGUGUCCAAUCUGCACCCAUGUGUCUGUCCAGCGAAGAAAAACAUAGCAAAUGCCGAAUAAUUUCUUACUCCUCUUCCUCAACAAGUUAUAAACAACCACGUUGAUGCAUUGUAUAACAAUGGAAAGCGAGGAGAGUUCGGUCUCUGGCCAAGCCAACGCGACCCUCUGCACAGAAUCACGGGUGUUGGACUUUCCUGGCAAUCCGUAUUCCGUGUCGGUCCUUAAAGUGGGCUACUGUGUGUCGCAGCCGGACGGAUAUUUUCGGGCCGACGGUACCGUUACCCUGGUAACGGGGCCCAGGACUAUUCUGGUUGACACGGGGGGUCCGUGGGACCGAGACCUUCUGCUUACGACGCUGAGGGAGAGGGGUCUGGAGACGGGAGACGUGGAUUGGGUCGUGGGAACGCACGGACACUCGGACCACAUAGGGAACUUGGGUCUUUUUCAAAAGUCCAUGAUAGUUGUGGGGUGCGAUAUUAGUGAGGGAGACAGAUACACCCCAAAUCAACUGGCGGAGGGGAAACCUUACCACAUUGACGAACAUGUGUCAAUCGUGCCCACGCCGGGACACACGGGACACGACGUCAGUUUGGAAGUGAGGGGAACCUCCACAGGAAUAGUGUUGGUGGCUGGGGACUUGUUUGAAUGCUGCGGGGACCGGGAGAGCUGGCAGGCGUUGAGUGAAAACGCCACAGUACAGGUGGUCAACCGAAAGAGGGCGCUGAGGAACGCUGAUGUUAUUAUACCCGGACAUGGCCUUCCGUUUAUGACCCACAAAAACCCCAAGGACUAUGACGGUUGGUGAUUGGAAAUCCAUGUACAAUAGAGGAUAAGAUAUUUACUGCCUGGUCAUGGCCAACCCUAACCUACUUCUUGUCAAAGUCCCACAAUAAUUUGGAGUAGAGAAAAUAUCUAGGGAGGUCAUUACUGGUCUACUACAAUGUUCUACUUGUACAGUUAGUAGACCUACUUGAAAUGUAGGCCUACUGAAGUAGUUUGGUUAUAAUAAAGACAAAGAAAAUAA